UCACAGGAACUGUUCCACGAUGGCUCCUGGCAUUGGGUACACUGAAGCAAGACUGAACGAUAGAUGUGAGCGCGCUGAAGAGAAGCAAAAGCUGCAUGCUUGUGGAUAAGAGGAAUGACUACUUCGUCAAUGCACUACACUGUGGACUAUACGACCUAGCACGCAGCAGGAUCAGUGAACCUCCAAGUCGACGACAUCGAGCUCAGUCGUGCAGUUAUGGUCGGCUGAACCCGAAGAUGAACAAGUGUCCUGUCAAUAUUACUUUGUUGACCACGCGACUUCGAACUCUCUUUGGGCUUCACGAUCACGAUCAAGCGACAGUGAACAUUUUUAGCGGGCUCCAAGUCGUCGCUGAUACGAGCCACAUUCGAUAUCUCCUGGAGUCUGAGUACUGGACGCACUGCGAACGCUACCCGAACCACCAGAUGGAUCGAGUCAAGCUUCUCGAGGAACUGAGGGAGGUCGUCAUGCAUGCGAGUGCAGAGAUCAUCACUUCGGAUAUGUCGUUGUCGCCGUUUGAUGCCGGUGAACUCUCCAGAAUCUUGGAGCUGAUCAACCAUCUUAAAGAGAAUGCCGAGGAAAAUAAUUUCCCUCAUUCAACUGGUAUCAUCAUGAGGUUCAUGCAUUACUUCUGCUUGUGAAAGAUACCCAACCUUAGCGCUUUGGGAUUUAUCACCGUCAACUUUCUAUACAAUGGGAGUAUCUUAGUUAUUACGCUCUUCGAUGUGCAAGCACUAGCAGAUCAAACAUAUAUCGAGGACAAGAUCAUGAUGUACAUGUUUCUUAUCUGUAAACUUAGAUAAUUGUGAUUCGUAACUCGGUCCACUACAAUUUCAUCAUUGAU